CAUGGGUAGGGAAAACUAAAUAAAUCAAGCAGUAAAGUCAGACUUUGUCUUUGUCUUUUCAUUUAGUGGAAUAGAAGAUGAACUCAGCUGAAUUCAGUGAAGAUGAAGAAGUUCUAAAAAAUAACACUGUGAAGGUGGAGACAGAAGCUGAAGAUGCUGCCCUGGACUGCUCAGUGAAUUCCAGGUCUUCGGAGAAGCACCCUCUGGACAGCGUCUUCACGGCCCUCCAGGACUGCAGCAAGCGAAAGCAGCCAGCUGGCGGUGAGGGCCAGCCAGACUCUGUCCCCAACGUGAAGAGGCGGCGGCUGAUUCCCGAGGCGCUCCUAGCAGGCAUGAGGAACCGGGAGAACAGCUCGCCCUGCCAGGGCAAUGGAGAGCAGGCUGGCAAGGGCAAGAACUUGGUCUCUGUGUGGUCAGGAGAGGAAGAGCCUUGCAAUGAUGUGACCACCCCCUCCUACAAGAAGCCUCUUUAUGGCAUCUCACACAAGAUCAUGGAGAAGAAGAACCCUCCCGCUGGGGAUGUGCUCAGCACAUACGAGCUCUUGGAGAAGGCAAACCCCAGCAACAGCCCCUCACCGCUGAGGCUCCUGAAUGAGCCACAGAAGCGAGAUUGUGGCAGUGCGGCCCCAGCCACUGACGGCGACCCUAACAUCUACUUUCUGAUCCAGAAGAUGUUCUACAUGCUCAACACGCUGUCCUCCAACAUGUCCCAGCUGCACAGUAAGGUGGACCUGCUGUCUCUGGAGGUGAGCCGCAUCAAGAAGCAGGUGAGCCCCACAGAGAUGGUGGCCAAGUUCCAGCCGCCUCCGGAGUACCAGCUCACGGCGGCCGAGCUCAAGCAGAUCGUGGACCAGAGCCUGUCCGGUGGGGACCUGGCCUGCCGCCUGCUGGUGCAGCUCUUCCCCGAGCUCUUCAGCGACGUGGACUUCUCCCGUGGCUGCAGUGCCUGCGGCUUUGCGGCCAAGCGGAAGCUGGAGUCACUGCACCUGCAGCUCAUCCGCAACUACGUGGAGGUCUACUACCCCUCGGUGAAGGACACGGCCGUGUGGCAGGCCGAGUGCCUGCCCCAGCUGAACGACUUCUUCAGCCGCUUCUGGGCCCAGAGGGAAAUGGAGGACAGCCAGCCUGGGGGCCAGGUUGCCAGCUUCUUUGAGACAGAGCAGGUGGACCCUGGCCACUUCCUGGACAACAAAGACCAGGAGGAGGCCCUGUCUCUGGACCGGAGCAGCACCAUCGCCUCAGACCACGUAGUGGACACACAGGACCUCACCGAGUUCCUGGACGAAGCCUCGUCUCCGGGUGAGUUUGCCGUCUUCCUCCUGCACCGUCUCUUCCCGGAGCUCUUUGACCACCGGAAGCUGGGUGAGCAGUACAGCUGCUACGGGGAUGGCGGCAAGCAGGAGCUGGACCCACAGAGGCUGCAGAUCAUCCGCAACUACACAGAGAUCUACUUCCCUGACAUGCAGGAAGAGGAGGCCUGGCUGCAGCAGUGUGCCCAGCGCAUCAACGAGGAGCUCGAGGGCCUGGGUCUGGACGGGGGCAGCGAGGGUGAGCCCCCGCGGGACGACUGCUACGACUCCUCCAGCCUGCCAGACGACAUCUCCGUGGUCAAGGUGGAGGACAGCUUUGAGGGCGAGCGGCCGGGCCGGCGGUCCAAGAAGAUCUGGCUGGUGCCCAUCGACUUUGACAAGCUGGAGAUCCCGCAGCCUGACUUCGAGGUGCCGGGUGCCGACUGCCUGCUCAGCAAAGAGCAGCUGCGCAGCAUCUACGAGAGCAGCCUGUCCAUCGGCAACUUCGCCUCGCGCCUGCUUGUGCAUCUCUUCCCCGAGCUCUUCACCCAUGAGAACCUGCGCAAGCAGUACAAUUGCAGCGGCUCCCUAGGCAAGAAGCAGCUGGACCCGUCCCGCAUCAAGCUCAUUCGCCACUACGUGCAGCUGCUCUACCCACGGGCCAAGAACGACCGCGUCUGGACGCUGGAGUUUGUGGGCAAACUGGACGAGCGCUGCCGGCGCCGGGACACGGAGCAGAGGCGCUCCUACCAGCAGCAGCGCAAAGUCCAUGUGCCGGGCCCUGAAUGCAGAGACCUGGCAAGCUAUGCAAUCAACCCGGAGAGGUUCCGAGAGGAAUUUGAGGGGCCUCCGCUGCCCCCCGAAAGAAGCAGCAAGGACUUCUGCAAGAUCCCUCUGGACGAGCUGGUGGUCCCCUCGCCCGACUUCCCGGUGCCUUCGCCGUACCUGCUGUCAGACAAGGAGGUGCGCGAGAUCGUGCAGCAGAGCCUCUCGGUGGGCAACUUCGCCGCCCGGCUGCUCGUCAGGCUCUUUCCCGAACUCUUCACGGCCGAGAACCUGCGGCUGCAGUACAACCACUCCGGGGCCUGCAACAAGAAGCAGCUGGACCCCACGCGGCUCCGGCUCAUCCGCCACUAUGUGGAGGCCGUCUACCCCGUGGAGAAGAUGGAGGAGGUGUGGCACUACGAAUGUAUCCCCAGCAUCGACGAACGGUGCCGCCGCCCCAACAGGAAAAAAUGCGACAUCUUGAAGAAAGCAAAAAAAGUAGAGAAGUGAUGGGCAGCCUGGGGCCUGAGCCUUUUGGAGCACGUGUUAUGGUAUCCACAGACACGCACCUUAUGUCAGUGGGGAGUGGCUUACUACUUUUGCACACGUAAACACCCACUCAACCACAAGAAAGAAGCCUUGCAUUUGGUCUCUCCUACUUGUGACUUUUGUCCUGAGUUCCCCAGUGGUGCAGCCAGUUUGGGGAGGGCUGAGCUGUGAGAGCAGAGAGGACUCAGGAGGAGGGGUUGUCUCUCCUUGGCUGUGUCCUCCCCUUUCCCUAGAUUUCAACGACUCUUGUUCCUCUUCCCACAUUUUACAUCUAACAUUUUUAUCAAAUUUUUUUAAAUUAAAAAGAAACCCUUUUUUAAAAGAUCACUGGGCUCUUUGGGGCCCAUUUUACUUAGGAAAAAAGUCUUUUAAAUAUUUGAGGUGAAGUACUGUGAGAUGACUUCAGUUGCUGGGAUUUCUUUUUAAGAUGGCUUCAGAUUUAUGAAAUUUUUAGAAGUGCCAUGUUCAUGCAUGAUGGCUAAUAUUAGCUUCAGGUGGCAUAGAGACCCAUUUUACUGACCUUGUCUUUUACAUCUAAUUGGAAGAGUCAAGAUGCCCCUUGGAUGGCAGUAGAGGGGGUGCAGUAGUGUGACAUCUUUCGUGACCAUGGUCACAUUCUCUCUUCCACUGUAGUGCUGAGGAAGGGGCUUACUCACUGGCCUGGCCUGUUCUCCGUUGCUGCGUCGAUAGACUGUCGUGCUCACUCUUUGUAGACAAGAACACUGGAUGAUGAUGAUGAUGAUUGAUGAUGAUGAUGAUGACGAUGAUGACAUGAAUGUAGAUAGACGUGGAAACACGUUCACAGUGUCUUUUGAGCUGUGUCCUUCCACUGCCCUCUCCCAUCUUCGCAUGAGGAUGCUGGUUGGAGGGGCAGACAUGUUUCCUUGGAAAACAGUGUGUGUCGAUAAUUGGCUUCAUGUUUGAUUUAAGGACAGGCCCCUUUGGGCUCACUAAGAACUGUUUACUUUGUGUGUAUUUGUACAAAACCCGGGUUCUGGGAGCUGUAUGGUAACUUCACCACACCUCAGUGUUAGUUCCUCCGGUCAGUAUACAUCUUUGUUCCUCAGGGCGGGCCCAGACCCUCAGGCCUCUGGAGGAUCCCUGGUAUUGGAAGGACACAGGUCAUCUCAAAUGGGGCUCCCAUGUCCCUUCCCCGGGUCCUCUCAGAGCUUUCCCUUUAACCCCCCUAGAAGGUCCUGCUGUCCUACAUUUGGCUGUUCCCUUGGCCUUAGGGUGAGACAUCUCUCCCCACUGGUUGAGAAAGUCACACUGCUUCAGGCCAGUGGCGUGUUCUCCUGGAGUUCCAACCUGGAAAUUCUCCAGCAGUUAAAGUCCUUAAAAACACGUUCACCUACCUGACUUGGGGGGCCAAAUGCCUAAGAGGGAAAGGAAACAGUCUAACUCAAACUGAGUGCAUCAUACUAGAAACCUGGAAAUUGAAUGAAUCACACAGGGUAGUCAUAAAACCCACGUGGCUUAAUAUUUUGCUACCUUAAAAUGCAGAAAUAAUAGAAACAAUCUGUGAAUUAAUUAUCUUUAUACAGCUGAUACGGACUUCAGUUCCAGUGGUUGUAUGACAUAAUUUUGCCUGCACCCAGCAGGUUUUAUAUAUAUAUGUGACAGGAUUUUAAGCAAUGUAAACUUGCUGAUUUAACUUUAGUAAAUUUGCUUUUAAAUGUCAUUUACAGAUUAUUUCUGUUGAAACUGCAGAGCUAAAUUAUUGAAUUUUUUGAAAUGCACAGUGACUUAAUGACUCUCACGCACCCACACGUGCACACACAUUUCUUAUUAAAAAACUAAAGUGAGAUGAAGGGGACCUAUGUGAAUAUAACAAGUUCACCCUCUUAGUGCCUGGGCAGGAAAAGGGGCUGGAGCAGCCAGGAGGCUCACUCUCCCCCCUCCCCGCAAACUGGGCCUUUCUCUAUGCCUUAGUCUCUCCAACACACAAAUGCAUGCACACACGCACACACACAAACUCACACGCGCACACACGCCCUACCCAAAGAUGGCAGAGGCACUCUCCUGCCAGCCCUACUGGUUGGUGGGUGCCAUGGAAUUUGUCCUGGUCUCUAGGAUGUAUCCAAGAGGAUUCCAAGCCAUGUGAAAAUUGUCCUACUUUCUAGAGGGUGGAAUGAGACCCUGCAGCUUCAGAAGCACAAUCAUUUAUUAAUUUUAAAAAUCCAAUCUACCCACAUUAAAGAAAUUAACAGGAGUUAACAGGUUCUAGGAAUGCAAUGUGUCUAUAACCUAGAGCAUGUUCAGUUUUUGGAAACCGUAUUUUCGGUGGUUUCCUAAAUACCUUUUCUGUGUAGGGCUGCUUCCCCCCACAUCUUAGAGUCCCUUUCAAUGAAGAGAGAUGGACACACUCUGGGAGCUGUUUCCUGUCCCUCUGGACUGUCUCAUCAGGAAACGUCUGCAGGUCCUGUGCCUGUCUGUAUGGUGUCCUCAGUUCUCCAGCCAUACAGGUGGGCUCCAGGAGCAGUGUUUUACAUGUAGCAAUAGAAGUACAAAAAACUCGUUUGAAAAUUUUAUGUUUUUCCAUAUAAUCAGUUGGCAAAUCCCUCCUCUCCAUCUAAAUUCUUUGGUUUUUAUUUGUUUGGUUUUGAUUCCUUUUUUUUUUUUUUUGUAUCUGGAGGACUAAAGAAUUAGCACAGACACAUUCUGAUGUUAAGUAAAAUAGCAAGUCACAAUAGGUGGUAGUGUCCCUUAUUUUCUGUGUUGUUUUAAAAGAAUGUAUGAAGAUAGUCAUGAAUGUACUGUGUUCUAAUCCUGCUUCAGUUCACUUUGGCUGUAUCUACAUGACAACAAACGUUUGACAGGGAAUAAAGUCGUGUCUAGUGUCACGGGUGUUAGUGUGCCCCUCCCCAUUCAUUGUUGGCCCUGAACUUCUUUUAUGUUGGGGAGGGGGUACCACCCAACAGCAAUCAUCAACCAACCAAUGGGAUCUACUUAGUGGUGAAUGGAUUAGCUGUUUAAAUGGUAAGAGUCACCGACGUGACCACACCACAGCAUGGCCACUGGGGUUCCUGUAGAGAUGGCCUUAGUUUCCACCUUUUCCCCCCAUAUUUUUGCUUCUUGCUUGUUUGAGAGGGGGUCUCGAGACCCCUGAUUGGAGAUCAGUGAGCUCUCACCCUGCCUGUUUAGAUAGACAGUAUGAGUGGGGGCGGGGCCAAGCGGCUAUUACUGCCAUUUGGAAAUACUUGCCUCGUGUAGAUCCAGCCUUAAUGUUUUUCUGACAUCCUAGUGAUAGCAAACCCUGCACAAAGUGGAUAUCAGAGUUAAUACUGUGAGGAGACAAAAUAAUGAGAAUAGUUUUACCAAAGAUAAUGAAAUAUCACAUAAUGUCUGCAUUUUACCAUUGGUUUGAGUGCAUCCUUAGAAACUGAAUGUAACAAAAACCCAGGACAUUUUUGGAAAUUGUAUGCUCUCUAGCAACUUUGUGUGAAUUUUUAUACAAGCACUGUUUUAUGAGUUAUAUAAAAUGUUAUAAAAAUAGAAAAAA